GCACGAUUUACAUGGCAAUUUAAUUGACGCUGGUAUAUAGCCAAACACAUCGUGGGUAUCUGGCAAACGAUUUUUGGGUAAAUCGUGCGCGGAUGUCAAUCGUGGUUAAGGUUAAGAAUACAAACCCGGGACUUCCCACUGACAGACUCUAAACAUUGCUACCUGGUUGAGAAAUAAAUAGAAGUAACACGUUUAUGUUCUACUUUGUUUUAAUUUAUACAUAUAGGAACAACUAGAGAAGGAAAACCAACAGGUAUAAAGCAUCGGCUAUUCACUAAUGACAUUAUUUUGUUGAUUUUGUUUGUCACUUUCUGUUAAAAACUAGAAAAAGAAGAUAAUCUUAAUUUAUUCCUUUAAAUUUUUAUCGCCCCAAAAUUGGAAAUAAUUUGCGACUGAUACGUGUCAACAUGUCUCAUUUCUAGCUUAACGCGCACCCUAAAGCCUCUGGGGCUGAAAAGGUAAAUAAAAUAACUAACAUAGUUAAGGAACAAAGUUAUAAAAUUUAAUAAUUUAGUAUUUAAUGUAUGCAUGGUGACUGUUAACAUGUCCUGUUUCAAACACACAAUAAAUAGCCAAGCACAUCAUGGGUAGGAAACGCUUUUUGGGCAAACGCUUUUGGAGUAAAUCAUGAGUGGAUGUCAAUCUUCUGGGGGGACAGGGAUCGUAUCCUCUUACUUUUGGAUAUUCGUAAUAUAAUCUAUCAUAUCACGUAAGCUUGUCGGCUCCGCCCUCUCCCCCCCCCCAACCCCACACUUUUCAAAAGGGUAUUCGUUCAAAUCUUUCAGUUCGGAGUUUGUUUUGAAAAGGUUAAGAAUACCAUCCCAGGACUUACCACUGACAAAUUAAUUCGUAUUCUAUAUAAACUUUGCUACCCAAAUAAUAAACGUUUUAUGAUCACGCCGCAUUACCAAAAACUACCAAAAUGCUAUAAGCCUAUAAAGCUAAUUAACAUGGCAAAUUACUGUGAAAUAUCGGUCUGAAAAAUAACACAAACUGAUACUUUAUGUUCUAGAGCGAACAACAAGAGAAGCAGGUGGAACAAGACAGGGACAGAGUAAAACAGCAUUCACCUAUAUUGACUAUACAUUAUGUUGACUUUUUUGCCACUUUUUGCCUUCAUUCUUGAAGCUGGAGUUGUACGCACACUCCUGGCAGAACAUUGAGGUCAUCCUCAGCAACCAAACUCACUGUGCCCCUUGAAAAUAACACUUUUCAAGCCAGUGCUGCAAAAUUUUUUAAUAUUUUACCCCUAGAAAUUAGAAACUGUCGUGUUUUCAAUGAUUUUAAGCGAACUGCUAAAGCACACUAUUUUGAAGUGGCAAACGAAAGAUUAAAUAGGGAAUAAUUUAAUAAUUAAGAAUUAUUUGAAUUUGCUACCUGGUUGAGAAAUAAAUAAACCACCACGCUAUAAAGCUAAUUAACAUGGGAAAUUACUGUGAAAUAAUGGUCUGAAAAGUAACAAUUUAAGUUUAUGUUCUACUUUGUUUUAAUUACAUAUAGGAACAACUAGAGAAGGAAAAUCAACAGGUAUAAAGCAUCAUUUACUAUUGACAUUAUUUUGUUGACUUUUCUGUCACUUUCUGUUAAAAAAUAGAAAAGAAAUACAAUCUUAAUUUAUUCCUUUAAAGUUUUAUCACCCCAACAUUGGAAAUUAUUUGCGACUGAUACAACAUGUCAACAUGUUAAUUUUUAGCUUAAACCGCAACUUAAAGCCUCUGAGACUGCAUGGUUAAAGUUAAGAAUACAAACCCAGGACUUCCCAUGCACUGACACACUCUAAACUUUGCUACCUGGUUGAGAAAUAAUAAAAAUUUUAUGGAUCAGCAUUACGAAAAACUACCAUGUUAUAAAGCUAAUUAACAUGGGGAAUUACUGUUCUACUUUGUUUUCAUUAUAUAGGAAGAUAGAAAGCGGAUGGAGGUAAAGUAUCAUUCAUUAUUGACAUUACUACGUUGACUUUUUUGCCACUUUCCCGUUAGAAAUGCAAAUUUUAUUCCUUUAAAGUUUUAUCACGCCAAAAUAAAAAAAUCCUGAAAAUCUAGAACUUUUAAUUUUACGGUUUUAUCCAGCUGAAAGAAUAAAAGUGUCUUAUAUAUAAGCAUGAAUACAGCAAACGAGUUUUAAGCAAACGAUUUUUGGGUACAUCAUGCGUGGAUGUCAAUCGUGUUAAGGUUAAAAAUACCAACACAAGACUUUCCACUGACAGAUUCUAAUCUAAUAAACGUUUUAUGGAUCAACGUUACCAAAAACCACCACGCUAUGAAGCUAAUUAACAUGGGAAUUAGAUGCGACUGUGAAAUACUGAAAUAUAACAUGUUUAUGUUCUACUUUGUUUCAAUUAUAUAGGAACAACUAGAGAAGGAAAACCAACAGGUAUAAAGCAUCAUUCACUAUUGACAUUAUUUUGUUGACUUUUUUGACACUUUCUGUUAAAAAAUAAAAAACAAAUACAAUCUUAAUUUAAUUCCUUUAACGUUUUAUCGCCCCAAAAUUGGAAAUCAUUAGCAAUCAUUUUACGACUGACACAUGUGAACUCUACUUUUUAGCUUAAAGCGCAACUUAAAGCCUCUGAGAUUGAAAAGGUAAAUAAAAUAUCUUACAUGGUUAAGGUAUAAAGUUAUAAAAUUUAACAAUUUUUUUAAUGUUGACUGUUAAUGUGUCCUGUUUGAAAUGCACAUUAGAAAGCUAAACAUGCACAUCAUGGGUAGCAAACGAUUUUUGGGUAAAUCAUGGGAGCGAUUGCAGAAUACCCGUCCACUUUUGAAGACCUCACUUGUUAUCAUGAUACGAUGAUACGAAGUGAAAAUGAUUACGUAAUAACCAUAUAACUGCGCUAUUAUAAAAUCCUGGGUAAGCUAUAUUUUUGCGUGAUACGAUCAUUCGAUGAUACGAAGUGAAAAUGAUUACGUAAUAGGUAUAUAACCGCUCCAUUAUAAAAGCAAGGGUAAGCUAUAUAUAGAUGAUAUAAGUCUACAUUUGUGUAUAUGAUCGACACGUGCUUUCAAAGAACGAGGCAAACACAUAUAUACAUACUAAAAGUAAUUCAGAAUUGAUAAAUAUGUUUGUGAACAAUUAGAUAAAAACGCAUUUUGAAAAUAUAGCUCACCCAGGCUUUUAUAGUAGCGCAGUUAUAUAGUUAUUACGUAAUCAUUUUCACUUCGUAUCAUCGUAUCAUCGUAUCAAGCAAAAAUAUAGCUUACCCAGGAUUUUAUAAUAGCGCGGUUAUCUAGUUAUUACGUAAUCAUUUUCACUUCGUAUCAUCGUAUCAUGAUAACAAGUGAUACCUUCAAAAGUGGACGGGUAUUCUGCAAUUUAGCCAAAUCAUGCAUGAGACGGAUGUCAAAUGCUGUGAAGGACAUGGAUCUCCGCCCCUACCCAACACACUUUUCAGAAGGAUUAUCGCCCUUGAAACACGCAUGCUAUUCCUCAGGGUAUUCGUUCAGAUCUUGCAGUUCGGAGUUUUCUUUGAAAAGGUUAAGAAUACCAUCCCAGGACUUCCCAUGCACUGACAAAUGAAUUGCUUCCCAUUCAAUUAAUAAACGUUUUAUGGAUCACCAUUACCAAAAGCUACAGCUGAUGCUAUAAGCCUAUAAAGCUAUAAUACAGUGAAAUAUUGGUCUGAGAAGUAACACAAACUAAUACUUUAUGUUCUAGAGCGAACAACAAGAAAAGCAGGUGGAACAAGACAGGGACAGAGUAAAACAGCAUUCACUUAUAUUGACUAUACAUUAUGUUGACUUUUUUGCCACUUUUUGCCUUCAUACUUGAAGCUGGAGUUGUACGCACACUCCUGGCAGAACAUUGAGGUCAUCCUCAGCAACCAAACUCACUGUGCCCCUUGAAAAUAACACUUUUCAAGCCAGUGCUGCAAAAUUUUUUAAUAUUUUACCCCUAGAAAUUAGAAACUGUCGUGUUUUCAAUGAUUUUAAGCGAACUGCUAAAGCACACUAUUUUGAAGUGGCAAACGAAAGAUUAAAUAGGGAAUAAUUUAAUAAUUAAGAAUUAUUUGAAUUUGCUACCUGGUUGAGAAAUAAAUAAACCACCACGCUAUAAAGCUAAUUAACAUGGGAAAUUACUGUGAAAUAAUGGUCUGAAAAGUAACAAUUUAAGUUUAUGUUCUACUUUGUUUUAAUUACAUAUAGGAACAACUAGAGAAGGAAAAUCAACAGGUAUAAAG